UGUUGCUCAUGUCCUGUCCGCGCACACAGCUGUUCCCCCCGCAGGAAACAUUUGCAGGAGCUCUUGGGGUGAUUCCUCCUUUUCCAGAAGCCAAUCACGUGACCCCCUCUAAUAACAGGAGACGCGAGGUUUGCGUUUUCUCACUUCUCAGUGCUGACAACUGUGGAGGCACACACAUGAGCACUUGUGAGCGGAGCAGAGGGACCUCGUUUGGACAUUUCAACUGGACGUAAGAGACGGAGAUGGAGCUGCAAAGCUCGCGAGAACUCGCGCGCCGCCUCCAGUAGCGCGCACCGUCGCAACUCGCUGAGUCGCGUCCGCGGUGUUGUUGUUGGCCAACUUUUGCGCAUCUCUUACCUGGUCCUCCGGUCGGGGCGAGUGCGUGUGGGCGCAUCCUCAUCGUCACCUUCCUCGCAGGACGGGAGGCUUGUAUGUGGAAGCAGCAGACGGCUCCGUGAGCUGCAGCCACCCGGGUGCCACUUUGUCAGUCCCCCCCUCUUUAAAAGUGUCCGAUGUUCGCCCACAGGAUGAUGUUCAUCGGACUCCUGCUUCAAGUCUUCUCCCACGGUAGCGCACCGGUUUUGGCCUCCUUUGACUGUCUGCUGGCAGAGCAGGGCUGCAUCCAAGAGCAGUCUUGCAUGGUCCCGUACCGCCUGCUGGAGUACUGUGCAGAUGAGGAGGCGGUUUCGCCGCUCAGCCCGGAGGCCCGCACCGAGUGCCUGGAGGCUCAGAACUCCUUGCAGCACCAUCGCCCCCUUCAAGUGUGCAAAUGUCAGCGUGGAUCUCGAAGAGAGGAACACUGCCUCCGGGUCUACUGGACUGUGAGGUUUGGAGCUUAUGAUGAGUACGAAGUAUCUCCAUAUGAAGAAUUGGAGUUCAGCCUGGUGAGAAACAUUGACAUGUCGCAUAUGGCGUCCAUCAUGGCAGCUUCCUCCGUGUCUGUGGACGGCCACAAUCAGUGUCUCAAGGCAGCCCAAGACUGCGGCCUCUUUGAGAAAUGCGGUUCCCUGCGCUCUGAGUAUGUUGUGGCGUGCACCAAGCGGGCAGCGACCUCUGACAACACUUGCAACCGUCAGAAAUGCCACCGAGCGCUGCGGCGUUUCCUGGAGCGUGUCCCAGAGGAGUACAGCUUCGCCUUGCUCUUCUGCCCCUGCUCCGACACCCUAUGUGGGGAGCGCCGCAGGAAAACCAUCGUACCGUCUUGUUCCUAUGAGGAGAACACUAAGGGGGAGGACCGAGUGGGCAAGCCCAACUGCCUCAACCUGCAGAACUACUGCUCCAGGGACGAGCUGUGUAGAUCCCGGUUUGCUGAUUUCCAACACAACUGUCAAGCAGCUCCUCUGUCUACCUCUGGCUGCAUGCGAGAGAGCAGAGCUAUGUGCCUCAAGGCCUACGCUGGACUCAUAGGCACCAUUAUGACUCCCAACUACGUGAGCAACAGCAGCACGGAGGUGUCCCAGUGGUGCACGUGCGACGGCAGCGGCAAUGAAUGGCAGGGCUGUCAACGCAUCCUGCACAUGUUCAAAAACAACAUUUGUCUGCGUGCUGCCAUCAGCUCCAUGGGAGUUUCCGUGGACCCCUCUGCUGAGACCAGCCCCGUUCCAGCUCCCGAGCCCUCCCCAAAAGUCCACGAGGAGAGGCUCCACGGCAUUAAUUCUGUUCCGGAAUUCACCACCAUUGAGACCGGUGAAGAAGUGGAGCAGGAGGAGGUUAAGAGUGAGGAAUUCAACAUCAUCCCACCAUAUUCUGAAAAAGAUUCCAACAUUGAGUCGAGGGCCACAGAGAGGCAGCGAGGGGCAGCCAGCUCACUGGCGCCAGUCAUUCCACUACUGCUGCUGUCUGUACUCAACCUGGACUGGGACUGUUAGAACAACUAAAACUUCAGUCUUCUGCCCAUUUUUUUCCUGCCAUUUCCCACAUUCAAACACAUGCCCACUCCCCAAGAGAAGUUGCCAGAAUACACUGCAAAGGCUUUCAUUAUAAAAGAAAAGUACUCUCCUCCAUAAGUGUUAAAAGAUAUCUGGAGUGUAGCAGUAUCUGUGUCUCUUAGCUCUGGAGCAGAUAGCAGUGCAUGGCAUAACUGAGAAGUGCUGCCUGGGCAGCCUGUUUCAUACUUAAAUGUACAUCCCCUCUUUUAACCGGGCACACAUUGCCAAAGGCCACACUCAUUGUACGUGCUCUCCUAGACAAAACCGCAGAAGCGGCGUACUCUAGUGCAUCCGAGGCAGAGUAUGGCUUCUGAUUUCUUUUGUGACUCGCUUGCCCCGUCGACUUUUGCUCUGUCUCCAUCGCACAAUGCUCUCAAGUGAAUUCACUUUACCGGUUAAAUCAAAACAUGGUGCUGACUUGAGUCAACAUUCUAUUUCAUCAAAUGUACAUUUUGCAGUGGCCAUAGAAUUGCCGUUGUAAUCUAGCUGGGUUAAUGGCUGAAAGAUCCAAGCAACAGCAUAUGGUGCAGCACACAUUUGACUUUUACAACUUAACAUUUUCCACCAAAGUCUGUUCCAGCAGGCUGCUUGACCUUGAAGACCUUGACCUUGACCUGAACUUCCCCUUAAACAAUUUUGGAAUUCCCCUAUCAUAAAACCUUUAAAUUUUGCAUUAAGAUAUGCUUUCAUGGUAGUUUAAAUGUUUUAUAUUGUACUGUGAAAACAAACAAGUCAUAAAAGUUGUUCAAAGUUAGGGCGCACUCCCGCUGGGAUGGUCCUAUCGUAUGAGCACAUAUGGAGAAAUAACCACAUUCACAGCCAGGCCAGGUUAAAGUCCCCAGUUCGGAUAACAUACAUAUUUUGGACUAUGACAAGGAGCAAACCCAAGCAAGCACAAGGAGAACAGCGCUAGACAACAGCUUCUUUUUCUUUCUUCUUCUUUUUUCCCUUUCGACUUGUCCCAUUAGGGGUCGCCACAGUGUGUCAUCUUUUUCCAUCUAAGCCUACCUUGUGCUUCUUCCUCUGUAACACACAUUGUCCUCAUGUCCUCCCUCACAACAUCCAUCAACCUUUUCUUUGGUCUUCCUCCAUAAUAAUAUACUCACUCUCACGCCUCUGAACAUCUCCAAACCAUCAAAGUCUGCUCUCUCUCACCUUGUCUCCAAAACAUCCAACUUUAGCCGUCCCUCUCAUGAGCUCAUUUCUAUUCCUAUCCAACCUGCUCAUUUUGAGCGAGAACCUCAGCCUCUUCAUUUCUGGUACCUCCAGUUCUGCUUCCUGUUGUUUCGUCAGUGCCACCGUCUCUAAUCCGUACGUCAUGGCCGGACUCACCACUGUUUUGUAAACUUUGCCCUUCAUCCUAGCAGAGACUCUUCUGUCACAUAACACACCAGAUACCUUCCGCCAACUGUUCUACCCUGUUUGGACCUGUUUCUUCACUUCCUUACCACACUCUCCAUUGCUCUGUAUUGUUGACCCCAAGUAUUUUAAGUCGUCCACCCUCGCUAUUUCUUCUUCCUUUAGCCUCACUCUUCCCCCUCCACCCUUCUCAUUCACGCACAUAUAUUCUGUUUUACUUCAGCUAAUCUUCAUUCCUCUCCUUUCCAGUGCAUGUCUCCAUCUUUCCAAUUGUUCCUCUGCGUGCUCCCUGCUUUCACUGCAUAUGACAAUAUCAUCUGCGAACAUCAUGGUCCAAGGGGAUUCCAGUCUAACCUCAUCUGUCAGCCUAUCCAUUACCACUGCAAACAGGAAGGGGCUCAGAGCUGAUCCCUGAUGCAGUCCC